GCCGAGAGUCCAUUGAACGGUCACUUGAACUUCUUUGCCUGAAGAGUCGACCAGCCAGCAGCCCCCGAAACUAACGGCAAGAUCAUGGCGGGUUACAUCAAAGUGGCCAGUGUUGUUGCAAUGCUGUUCUCUGGAGUGCUUUCUCAGGGUUACAUCGGCGGUUAUGGUGGUGUUCCCUACGGCAAAGGCUACGGGGGUGGUUAUGGCGGAUACGGCGGUGGCUACGGCGGUUAUGGCGGUGGCUACGGCGGUGGCUACGGUGGCUACGGCGGCGGCUAUGGCGGCGGCUACGGCGGCGGUUAUGGCGGUGGUUACCCCAUUGCUCCAGGUUACGGCGGCUACGGCGGCUAUCCGAUCUUGGGCGGCUAUGGUGGCGGUAUCUACAAUGGCUAUAACGGCGGUGCCGGGUACGGAGCAGGUGGUUAUGCCGGAGGCGGCGUCAACCAGGGUGUGUACCAAAAUGCAGGCAAGUACGGCGCCAACCAGGGCUACGGGCAAUAUGGCGGCUACGGUGGCUUCGGACAGGGCACCAAGAAAGGUUUCAACGACUUCGGUAGCAACGUAGCGAACUUCGGGCAGGCCGCCACAGAGGGAUAUGACAAAUACAGCGCCGUCAGUCAGACAUUCAACAAGGUAGAAAAGUCUUCAGGUUUCGGCAGUGCUAACUCUAAAGGAAACUAUGGUGCUGUGGGCAACCAGAAUGGAUACGGCGCAGCUAACACCAAUGGCAACUACGCACAGGCUCUUGGUGAGGGCGUCCACAAAACCUAUGGUGCGCAAGGCAAUGCGAAAGGUGUCGCCCAGGGUGCCUAUAACGGUGCCCAAGUCGGAAAUUACCGUGGAAACGGCGCUGGUGUUUCCAAUGUUGGAGGCUUUUACGGUUAAACGGCUCUACGAAAAUAUGUGCAGUCUACACAGGAUCCUUGGUUGUCUGAUACUAGAAGUCAAACGAAGCCAAAGCACAGCAAAUGUCCGCCCAGCACAGCACCGUCUCCCAAAACACAACCCGCAAGACUUCGAAAUCGACACCAGGUAGAGCCUUUGUUGCCUGGCCACGUGACCGUGCGGAGGUCCACGUCAGAGACAUUCACGUUAAAUGCUCGAGUAUUUAUUAAGCUUUACAUAUUGUGAUCUGACUUUUCAACGCAAUCGCAAUGAACAUUAUUGUCAUUAUCAUCAUGCAUAAAAGUGCAGCGUUAUAUAAUAGAUAUUGUGAAAUUGUUAAUAUAAAUGAACUUGAAUCGGUCAUCAUUAAAUGGUGAUAAAACUUUUAA